CGGGGCGCCGCGCAGCCCGCUCGCGACAUGCGCGCCCUCUAGCAUAUUAUGUUCCUCCCCGACCUCCCGCGAGCCUGCAUGGUGGACGACGUAGCGACGUACCUCCAAGCGCCCUCCUCGGGACAGGACGAGUUCCAUCCGUUCAUAGAGGCCCUGAUGCCCUUUGUAAAGUCCUUUUCGUACACGUGGUUCAACCUACAGGCGGCCAAACGGAAGUACUAUAAGAAACACGAAAAACGGAUGAGUCUUGAGGAGGAGCGGCACACUAAAUAUGAAUUACAGAACGAGAAAGCAGAAGUGAAACAGAAAUGGGCGUCCAGGUUAUUAGGCAAGCUUCGGAAGGACAUCACGCAAGAUUGUCGGGAAGACUUCGUGCUGAGUAUCACGGGGAAGAGGCCGGCGGUGUGCGUGCUCUCCAACCCCGACCAGAAGGGGAAGAUGCGGAGAAUAGACUGCCUCAGGCAGGCUGAUAAAGUGUGGCGCUUAGACCUAGUGAUGGUGAUACUAUUCAAAGCCAUUCCUCUAGAGAGCACAGACGGUGAACGGCUUGAGAAGCACCCUGAGUGCACACAGCCGGGACUCUGCGUCAACCCUUAUCACAUCAACGUGUCCGUGAGAGAACUCGACCUUUACCUCGCCAACUUCAUCAACAGCUAUGGUAAUGGGAGCGACGGUCUUCCAGAUAUACUAAGCGGGUCUCUCUCGCCUCACCCUCCUAGAGACAAAGAGAACGAACACGAGGCCAAAAGCAAAGGCUACAGUCACAAUCCGUAUAACGGAGUCAUUUGCAACGACAUAAUUCUUGCCACCGGCGUCUUCUCUUCGAAGGAACUAUGGAAGUUGUCCAAAGCGUCAAUUCUCCAGGAGUCAGGGUCGGAGUCACCAGGCGGUUCUGGCGGCGGGAUCAAGCUGGAGUCAGGAUACUACUGCGGCUACAACAGCCCCGCCCCGCCGGCGUUUGAACCACCCGCGGAGAGAGCCACGCCUUCUGCUAUGCUGGUUGGACAGUGCUUUAGUAUUCCUCACAGUUCAGCGGGGCUGAGCGCCGCGCAGACGCCCCUGGUACCCUCCAACACCAUCUUCUACCAGCACCCGCCACCCACCGACACACACCCCACGGCAUCAGAAGCGUUAUCAGGGCAGCAUUCUGGCGGCAAGUACGACGGCGCGCCAGGACAGGACUCUCUGGGAGACUUCGUCACCUUCGUGUGUCAGGAGCCGCCCACAGAUGUUCAGCAGUUGCAGGUGCACAGCCUCUCUCGAAGCCCGAAGCCAGCUUACUUUAGCAGCUCGAUGUUGCCGCCGCCGCCGCUACCGCCGAUGGCAAGACCCGUAGCCAUCAUCAGAUCUACAGGUAAUCUAUACUGUUCGAGUGAACUGGUGGGUGGAGGCGGUACGUCCCCAUCAUCGCCGGAGGUGCGGUCACCCCCAACUUCCCCCCGCCGCCGCUCCCCGCACUACCGCGCCGACUGCCCCCCCAUCUCGCAUUUCAACCACUUCCACCAACCGCAGCAGGUAUUCAGCUACGGGUCUUUGGGCAGCGUUGGUCUGGGAGGCGGCGGCGGCGGCGGCGCCGUACUGACUGGCGGAGGCGUGUCUCCACCCGGCGGACUUGGCUUGUAUGCACCCAGGGCCUCCACUAGGGCUCCCCCAAGAUGGAACGCUCCAUUCCCAACACUAGACGACGAGUUCAACAUAAUGACCGCGCCGGCGGGGCCGGACCAUGUGGUUCUUUUGGAUGAUGAUCGUUUCUUCCAAUCCAGCGUGAUAACUUCCGAGGCGACAGCGAUGGAUACGACCUCGUCAGUCGGUCAGUCGGUCGGAGUCGACUCGGAUGACAUCGCACCAGACAAGCCGGCACCGGACUUGCGUUCACCGUGAUCCACGCCUUUCGCCGCGUCGUGUACGUCCGACUCGGACCCGACGUGUCAGGCGACCAGCAUGUCGGCCAACAUGUCGGCCAGCAUGUCGAGUCAGACCGUGUUGAGAUGGACACCCGCGCCGCUGCCUCAUUGGCGGCCUGUCACGCAUAGGACUGUUUAAAAAAAUUCAGGUGGUUUAUUUAGGUACGUUUAUUUUUGACAAUUGAUGAUAUUUUUUUUAGCUGUUGUAAGCACUGUCAAAUGGUUAUUGAGAGGUAUUUUGAUUCAAGAUACUUAAAAAGCUUUGUGGACACCAUGAAACAGAAGAAAACAUUACAAAAUAUGUAAUUUUUGGUGGUGUAAAGUGGUGAUAGAAUGUCUAAAAAUGGGGCUAUAAGAACUUACGCUCGAGUAAAAAUAAUAAACAAAGAUGUCAAUAGACCACGCAGUUGUGUUUACAACAUAGAUAAUUAUUUUAUUUACAUUUGUUUUUCGAUUUAAAAUCAGUUUUUUAAAACAUAAUAAAGAUUUUUUUUAGUUAAACGCAGUGGUAAAGACGUCGGUGUAAUGUAAAUAUUGAGAAUUAAAUGAAGUGACGGAGAACACGAACGCGGUGUAGAAGAAUUUAGGAUUUAAAAUUAAUACGCUUUACAAACGAACUGUAUUUGUCUCUUGUUUCGGACGAAGUGACCUUGUCGCGGCGGCGUGUGUUGACUAUACAUACCAUGCAGCGCCAUCUAGUGACUGUUCAUAAUAUUAGUAGCAAUUGCAAACUUGCACGACAAAUACAGAGGGCCGUAAAGUACUCAUUCAAUACUCGUUAAAGCGAUAACAAAAUACAAUACUCCAACGAUAAUUAUGUAAAAAUAAUAAAGCUACUAAAAUAAAAACAACAUAUUAUAUUCUAAUAUUUUUAUAGAAUACAAAUCAAGUAUGAUAUGAUCAAGCCUUCCAGUAAUUUAGUGAAAUAAUAAAAUGUAAAUGAAAAGUACAGCUUCUACAAUUUAUUUGCUAAGCUGUGAGACAUGGGAAAGCAAAUAAAGAAACAAAUGCUUCCAGUGCUAGCGUCAAAAUACGGUUGAUUGACGAAAGUGUGAUAUCAUAAGUUGUUUUUGUUUCGUUGUUGUGUGUUUUGUAUUGAAAUAUAGAGUAAGCGAAAGUAGAUUUUUUUUUAAUUUAUUGAACGAAUAUUUAAGAAAGACGAGCCUUGCUUAAGAGAUUAGUUUAGAUAUAUAAUUAGUAGUCAUGAGAUUAGUACAUUUAUUGUUGCCAUUUCGAUCCGAUAUUUUUAACGUUCAAUACAAAUAACUAUCAAAUAAAUAGCUUUCAUAAUGUCCAUUGUUCGUAAUUAUUUUAUAAAUACAAAAUUGGAAGUUUAGUUUAUUUUGAAUACAAUUAUAUCAUUUUUAGUUGUAAAAUUUGCUUUUAUGGCUUUUUUCAUACGAAGAACGAUAGAUGAUCUCAUAGUCAUAAAACUAUCAAAAUACCGUAUAAUAUUGGCUUCGUGAAAGCAUCGUAAGCUACUCAAGUACAAUUAGAAAUAUUUGGAUCGAAUGGCAUCAAUAAGUGGUUAGUUCGACGAUUGUCGAGGGACAUUUUAUAGGUGCCUUUCAUAAAAUCGUAUAAUAACUUACAUGAUAGGGAAAUUGUACAUUGUAGUGUUCUUUUUAAUAAAUCCAUCCGCUCAUACCUGUAAUUGAACAGUUCAUUAUCUAUUAAACUUAAGAUUUAUAAUUUUGUUACCAAACGACAUACAGAAGAAUAUAUUUAAGAAGGAAUGUGUACUUAUUUCUAAGAGCAUGUUUCACUCGAAUAAAGAAGUGUGUUUGGUAACAAAAUAUUUCAUACUGUAAUCUUCUAAACCUUAAAGUCCUAAUAGUUAAGAGUUUCGUUCACCAUUCAGUACAGUGAGUUUCGUUUGCAAUCCCGUGGCCAUACGAGAAAAGCUAGUCAUUAGAGUUACAUUGUAAAUUUAAUGUUACCUAAAGUAAUAAAAAAUAUUUACAAUUAAACGCCCCUUACGUUUAUUGGUAAGGGGUCAAAACUAAAAUUGUGGCCAAAUUACACUUAACAAAAUCCAAAUAUAUAUACACGAUUUUUAAUAGAAUUAGUGUUAUGUAUGUAAGAAUGAUACAGUUAAGUUGUCAGUUCGUAAUUUGACGACAAAUGUGACAGUGUGAAGAGAGUAGCCUCUACAAGACAUAAUAAUAAUUGAAACUGUACGUUAAAAGUUUUGUUGUGCCAUAAUUCACGCUGUCACAGUUUCUUCAACGCCACGACAAUAGACUUAAAAUCUCAAAAUAUUCAGGCUUAUAUAAAACAAGCCUUUUUGGUUGACAAAGUACAUAAAUCAUAAUUCAGUCGAUGCCUUUACUUUUUUACUAAAGUGUAGGAGGAUAGCAUGUAGGUAACGUAGCAAUAAAUGACAAGCAAUAAGUAAAGUAAUUAUGAUAAAACAGCUUUAGUAAAGCUAGAAUUGGUACUGAAAGUAUGUAGUUUGAUCUUAUAUUCAUAACAAUUGACUUGCAAAAUAUUUUUUCUAUAGAAAAUCUGGCUGGACAGACUGUAUAAAAAUCUAUUUAAGUGAUAGGGAAGCAGUUUGGUACAAUUUAUUACCUUAGCUGUAUUCACAGAAAGCUAUAAUAUUAGAAUUAUAACAGCUGUUAGAGUUCAACUAGGCAGAAGGCGGGAAUUAGUCAAUUGCUAGCUAUAGACAUUAUUAGAGGAUAUAAAACAGUUAAAAGAUUAAAAUAGAAAUGUCACUUAAGGCUUGUUGAUUGCAUUGAUUCGAAGGACACACAAUUUCGUCGUCUAAUACAAUCUGAAGGGUAACGUGGUAAGGCAAUAUAAAAUUUAUUGGUGACGAAUUUAAAAGCUCAUUGGUGCCGAAAAUUCUAGACUGUGAUUCAAUUGUUCAUUAUGAACGUGUCUUAUAUUGAAAUAGUUGUUUUUGUAUGAUUGGCAAGCGCACAGCUCGUGCUAUGGGGAAGGACAGUUAAUACAGACCGUGCUACGAUACUGACAGACAUGUUGUAUGAAAUGCAUUUGUUAUUGUAAAGGUUUUGUAUUGUAAAUUGGAAGCUGGGAUAUGUAAAACUUUUUUGAUGACAGCAUACGUAGAUUCGGUAGUACUUUUAUUAAUAGCUUUGCAAUAGUUUUAUGUGCGUGACAGACAGAGUCGUGAAUAAACUGCAUUGGACAUUUGCAAACUAUGUCUGUCACGACGUAAUGUGAUUUGGUUUUUUAUUAGCACCAUUGUUACGAUAUGGAGUAAUGAUUGAAAGCCUAAACAUUAUGUGCCUUAGAUACAACAAUAUUGUAUGAUAUUUAUGAUGCGUUCUAUACAACGUGCUAACUAGAAAUAAAUAUAAACGUUAUUUUGAAUGCCUGGACUUCGAAUUGUUCUCUUCAUUGUUAGAUUUCAUUUACGCAGAGGCUUGUACGGAGAUUUUAAUGUUACGUGUAACCCUAACCACCCCUAUCCUAUGCUGAUUGAUUUGUUGCCACAGCCCUAUGCUUUGGACUAGAUGGUCAUUGCAUCUCUUACACCUCGUCACUCGCAUUAUUGUAGAACACUCAAAUAUGACUUUUGAAUGGUUUCAUUCUUUGCAUUGCUAGUAAAAUAGCAGAUGGAUUGCAAUACACGUGAGAACAUUCUGCAUUUGAAAACUUUGUUAAAGCGUUAGACUUACGAUGACCAUUAACAUGAAAAUCCAGCUUGACAGGUGACAUUUUUCUUUUCUUUGUCGCUCCACUCUACUGGUUGAGAUGAUGUGAUAAUAUUUUCUUUUCAACCAUACGUAUAAGCUAUCUUUAAAACUUAUUCUGUUCAAAUAUAUUCCCCGUCAUAAAUACUGUACUGUUAGCUAAAAAAUGUCACCCAUAUUUUUAUAAACCCGUAAUCGUAAUUCUAAAUCUUAUAAGUACUUCAUUCUGAUCGUAUAUAUAUUAAAAUUAUAAGAAUCUGGGCACCCAGCAGUCUGGAAGUUGAUUUCGAAUCCAGAGAAUUAUUAUAACCCUCAUCUAACACUUGUAUUACAAUUAAGUAACGCUUCUAUGCGUAGUUUUGCUGAGAUACUUAAUACUUCUACUAUAUUCUAUAAUUUAGUACUUACCUACAUUAUACCCAUUUAAGUACCUAUUGUAUAUUUUACUGGUAUAUAUCUUAAUCUAUGCAACCUUUGAAUUAGGCAAGCUUUUUGAUUUGAAACCAAAAUGUAGACGAAAUCUUGAUUCUCGCGUGGCUUUUUAAAAGUUAUCUGUCGAUACUUUAAACAUCGAUUCUGUGAAAGUUCCGCACGUAAAUUAAUAUUUAUUUCAUGAAUAUAAAACAAAAAAUUAUAAUGAAACACAAAUCCGUCUUAUUAUUAAGUUUUGUGAAUUUCUGAAAAAAUAAUAACGUACAUACGUAAAUAGAGAAUAAUUGUAAGGAUAAUUAAUUAACCAAUAGAAGAACUUAAUACAUACUUAUAGUUGUGAAUUUCUUAGUUCAUCAUACGUGCAAUUGUAACUGUUUUUAUCGAAUUUAUUAAUUAUUUUUAGUGUAUUAUGAUUGUGUCCACGACCAUGGUUGUCUGUAAAUAUGUUCCGGAGUGUAUAAUUAUAUGAUUUUUAAUUUUAUAACUUAAUAGUUGUUCGAGAUUAUUUUGUGUUACGACGUUCGUCACGAUUCAUGUUUUCUGUGCUUUCAUGUCUUACAUAGUUACUUUUUCAGACGUUUUUUAUGUCAAAUCAGCAUCGUACCCAUACCAAAUGAUUUAUCUCAUAAAAUGUUUGUCCUAGAACACCAAGAUACUUAUUGCUUCCUAAAACCGAGAUAGAUCAUUUGAUUGGCAUAAUAAACUAAAGAUAGACUUGUAAAAAUGUUAUAACAUGUAUUUUUAACCUAUAUAUAGUAAGAUAUUUAUAGAAUUUUAGUCGUUUAAUUAUUUCGAACGACUUGUUAUAAAGAAAAUUGGUGCUUAAAGCUUAAACAAAAUAGGAGGCGGCUCUCAGGCCGCGUGUGUAUUGUCAUGGAGGGGUCAGAGCAUUAUGACAUAGCAUGCGUUGUUAUGCUCGCGACUCCGGUGGAAUGCUUAUUUAUAUCAAAAUAAUAAAUAAAAAACCUCACACCCAUAACUUGAAAAAUGCAAGUUGUCAAGAGACAACCCCCAGUUUCAUUUAGUUUUUGUACCAAACACAAGUUAAUUUUGGUAAAUUCUUGUUUAUUUUAAUAAUAUAAAUAAUAAAAUAUUGUAAACGUGUUUUCUUUUUAUUAAGUAGAAUGACGUAUACAAAGUCUACACAAAUAAAUAUACGAAACAGAUUUCACAGUAACAGAAAUAAAAUAAUUAUUUUUGUUCGCCGUUACAAGGCUACCGCACACGGAACGCACAAACUGACGCACACAUUAGGCUACGUUUAGGAUUUUUUUAUUUAUUUAACUUAUAUUUUUACAUAUAAAAAAGCAAUCCACUGAGUGUUCGCGGGCAGUUAUAAUAAAGUAGGUAAACUUUGCUCAAUAUCGAUGAAAACUGAAAGUGUUACAGUUGAUGCAAUACAAAGAAACAAACAUA